AUGUCUUCAGAUACUUCACCGAGCAAAGAGGAGCUUUUAGCGCUCUUGCGGCGAGAACGGGAACGAGCAGAUUACGAGCGGAAGCGUGCAGAGAACGCGAAGCAACACCAACGGCUCGCUGACGACGAAAGGAUCUAUCAAAAGUCCAGCCGGCCGUGUGUGCCCCACGUCCCUUCGCCCCGGGAUUUCCGCGCAGCGCAACAGGCCCUGUUUGACGAGAUAUACCAGCUUUUCCAUCCGAACUCCGAGGAGCCUCUGCGAGUAUUUCCACCUCUUUUAGUUAUCGAGGACCGAGGAGAGCAAGCAUGCACUCGCCCGUUGGCGAGUGAGUCAGACCUAGUGAGACACCAGGAGGCAGAAGUGGAGAAUCCGGUUAAAGAAGUGAUUGAUAGGUUGGCCGGCUUACCUGCGGCACGAUGCAGGUUGCCGCUCGGUGGAGGGAUAAUCUUUGAAAAUCAUACGAACACCGUUACGGAGGAGGCGGGACAGGUACAACCCGUUGACAAACCGACCCUUCGCCCCGACCAGAACUGCGUGUAUAUUCGCAGCGGCAGUGAAAGGAGCCUUCUAUAUGUCAUUGAAUACAAAGCUGCCCAUAAACUCCCUGACGCUUAUCUCCGAGCGGGCCUUCGGCGAAUGAAUAUGGUACAGGAAGUUGUCCAGCAAAUCACCCUACCUACAGAUGCCAAUGAGAAACUGCUUUACGACGCGAAAUUGCUGCGCAGCUGUCACACAGCCUUUUGA